AUGGACCGCACCAAUGGCUUCGAGCAGGGGCCGGGUGAUCCUCUGUCGGGGAUGUCGUUGAGGGGAGUCUUUGGCCAGGUCCAGACUAGGCAGGGUGAGGUUACUGCUCCCAGGACCAGCUGCCUCUUCUGGCUGCAGGAAGCUGAGCCAUCGGGGAGGAGCCCAGGGAGCGGCGCUGAGAUCGAGGGUGCCCCGGGACCAGGCAGAGCACGGUGCCCAGGUCGAACUACAAGAAAAAUGAAGGUUCUCCUGGGGAUCCUAAUAUUUGUGGUCCUAUCUUAUUGUGAUAAUAAUGCCCCUCCACAUAACGCCAUCAACAUAACACCCACAAGCUCCUAUAAUGAUUCUUGGAAUGAUAAUAUGACAAUUGAAAUCACACCAUCUCCAGUAAUUCCUCUCUCAUGUCACGUGUGCAGUGUUGAUUACCUGUGUGAAGGCCCCCAAACAUGUCAGGUGACGGACAAGUUCUGCGUGAUUGUGAUAAAUGUGGAUGAAGAUGUGACAUCUAUAUUCAAGUAUUGUUCGGAAAUCUGUCCAAUCAGUCGGAAACUUGGAGGAAAAGAAUUCCGAGAUUAUUAUACAGGCUGCUGCGUUACUGACUUAUGCAAUUUUGGAAGGCUAGGGGAAGGAAACAAGCUGGGAGCCAGCAUUCCAGCUGUAGCAAUGGCAUUAGUAGCAUGUCUCACUGGGGUCUUCCAGAUUGGACUGUGAUAAGUUGAGAUAAAGUUCUGACCCUCCCCAAAGACCCUGUCCAUGUACCACUCCCCAUCUAGCAUUAAGAAAUCCACGUCCAUGUCUUCCCAUAAAUCUUUCCUGAAGAAGCCAGUGAGUGUUCUGGAGGUCUUCCUCUGUUUCUCACGAGCCUCAGAAUGCUAACAUAUAAGCAUAUAUGAGUAAAUAAAGUUCUAUAUAGCGUGCUUUUCCAGG